GUUUGAUUUUUCUUUUUUUUUUCUUUUAUUAUUUUUCCUCCUCCUCUCUCCAAAAGCCGUUUGCCAUUCCUAGGUAGGGUUGGUUUCUAAUAAUAAAAGAUGGAGACGCUCUCCACCUCCUCCCCGGCCUAUUUUUCUCCGACGAAACCCUCACCUUUGCGACGCGGUUUUGCUCAGACCCAUGGAAUUUUCGGAAUCGCGAGGCUCCGUACUUGCAAGUCUAGGCCUCUGAGGCUUCAAAUCGUUGCCAGUGGCGUUUCCAACGGAGAAGAUAACCCCGCGUUUGCCAACAGCAGCUUUGGUUUGCUUUCAGACGAGGCGGGCUCGUCUCAGUUUGAGGAGGGCAAGGCUCAUGAUGCACGCAAAAGUGAUAUCACUGGAACGUCAGGGAUGGUAACACAAGGAUCUAGACCUGGCCUUCUCAGGACGCCCAUGUCUGGUGGCGUGCAAAGUGCGACAUCUGUUCAUGAUUUGCCUCAACCCGCAUUGGCUGUUCGCAAUCUAAUGGAGCAGGCUAGAUUUGCUCAUCUCUGCACUUUGAUGUCCCGAAUGCACCAUCACCGCCUGGGGUAUCCAUUUGGUUCAUUAGUUGAUUUUGCACCUGAUCCAGUAGGCCAUCCAAUAUUUUCACUCUCUCCAUUGGCCAUUCAUACACGAAAUCUACUGGCAAACCCAAAAUGUACACUUGUCGUACAGAUUCCUGGAUGGAGUGCACUAUCAAAUGCCCGUGUGACUAUAUUUGGUGAUAUCUUCCCAUUGCCAGCUGAACAACAGGAAUGGGCUCGUAUGCAAUAUCUAGCUAAACACCAACAGUGGGCAUCUCAACAAUGGGGAAACUUUUACUAUUACAGGAUGCAGAGUAUAAGUGACAUUUAUUUCAUCGGUGGUUUUGGCACUGUUGCAUGGAUUGAUGUCAAGGAAUAUGAGAAUCUUCAACCUGAUAAGAUUGCUGUUGAUGGCGGAGAGAAAAUUUUGAAGGAACUCAAUGCAUUGUUUUCAAAGUCACUCAAAGAAAUCCUCUCAACUGAAGAGGAGGUAGAUGAUGCAGCUUUCAUUUCAAUAGACAGCAAAGGCACUGACAUCCGAGUUCGACAAGGUGCACAGUUUAAUAUCCAGAGGUUAUCCUUUGAAGUAGAUCAUAAGGUUGAGACUCUAGAGGAAGCCAAGAAAGCACUGCAGAAGAUUAUUAGUAAAGGCCUUGGAUCAUGAUCUCACAGAACAAAGAUUGAUUUUAUAGAAAAUUUUCUUUUAAAGGGGCUCUUUUUUGUGUGUGGGAUAACUCAGCCCGUAAUCGAACCGAAGACCGUGGGAGCCAUAUUGAACCUCCUAACCGUCCGGAUCACCCAGCGGUGGGUCUUUUGAAGGAAAUUCUUUUUAUUUAGCAAUAAAGAAAAAUAACUGUUGGCGUUAUGCAUUGGAUUUGAAAUUUGCAUGUCUUUAGCAGUAUAUGUUAAGAUGUGCAUAUAAUUUUCAUUUGGAAACAAAUAAAUGAAUCUUGAGAUGCUGCAGUUUCUUUGA